AUGGAGGCGGGUGCCGGGGCCGGCGCGGGCGCCGCGAGCUGGAGUUGCCCGGGCCCAGGUCCCACAGUGACCACUCUAGGCUCCUAUGAGGUGUCUGAGGGAUGUGAGAGGAAAAAAGGCCAACGCUGGGGGUCCCUGGAGCGGCGGGGGAUGCAAGCUAUGGAGGGGGAAGUGUUACUUCCAGCUCUCUAUGAAGAGGAAGAGGAGGAAGAAGAGGUGGAAGAAGAAGAGGAGCAAGUGCAGAAAGGUGGCAAUCUGGGCUCCCUGUCCUUGGGCAAGCACCGGGGCCUCAGCCUAACGGAGACAGAGCUGGAGGAGCUGAGGGCUCAGGUGCUACAGCUGGUGGCAGAGCUGGAAGAGACCCGGGAGCUGGCAGGGCAGCAUGAGGAUGACUCCCUGGAGCUGCAGGGGCUCCUGGAGGAUGAACGGCUGGCCAGCGCCCAGCAGGCAGAGGUGUUCACCAAGCAGAUCCAGCAGCUCCAAGGUGAGCUGCGGUCUCUACGGGAGGAGAUCUCCCUGUUAGAGCGUGAGAAAGAACGUGAACUUAAGGAAAUAGAACGAGAAUUGCAUUUGGCCCGGACGGAGAUCCACACUCUGCGACAAGCCGCGGAGGAUUCUGCGACCGAACAUGAGAGUGACAUAGCAUCCCUGCAGGAGGACCUCUGCCGGCUGCAAAAUGAACUUGAUGACAUGGACCGUAUUCGGGGAGAGUAUGAGCUGGAGAUCACCUCCCUCCGUGCAGAAAUGGAAAUGAAGACCUCUGACUCAUCCAAUAGUUAUAGUCACUCGGAUUUCUCUGACAUACAAGAAGAAUUGCAGCAGCUGCGGGAACGCUACCGCUUCCUGACCGAGGAGUACCAGGCCCUGCAGGAGAGCAACAGCAGCCUCACAGGGCAGCUUGCAGAUCUGGAGUGUAAGAGGACACAAAGAGCAACAGAAAAAUGGCUGGAGUCCCAAACACUAAGGAAUAUGAUGUCAGCGGAGUCUCAGACUUCAGAAAUGGAUUUCCUAGAGCCUGAUCCGGUAGCCCAGUUGUUGCGACAGCAGCUUCUGGGAGCUGAGGAGCAGAUACAUGACAUGCAGAGCAAGUGUAAGAAAUUGUCUUGUGAGUUGCAAGACCUACAUCUUCAUCGCCAGACCAGUGAGGAGGAGCAGAGGCGGCUGCAGAGGGAGCUCAAGUGUGCCCAGAAUGAGGUGCUUCGGUUUCAGACUUCCCACCAUGCCACCCAGAACGAGGAGCUGAAGACCAGGCUCUGUGCCCUGCAGGAGAAGUACGAUGCUAGCCAGGAUGAGCAGACCGAGCUCUUGAAGGUGCAACUCCAACUGCAGGCUGAGCUCCGGCAGCUCAAACUCAUGAAAUCCACAGUAGAAAGCCAAACUGAGAAGGAGUUACUGUGCCGGCUACAUAAGCUGCAGGUGCAGUACGAGAACCUCAUGUGUGAGAAGAAUACCCUGCUGGACGCGCAGCAGCAGCUGCGGGAGCACCUGCAGUACCAUGAGGCAGAGGUGCAGCGCCUCAAAGACAUCGAGGGCUGCUUGCAGGAGAGCAGUGAGAAGAACGCAGAGAUGCAGUCCCAGCUGCAGGACCUGAAGCAGCUGUACCAGAGCAGCCAGGAGGAGCUGCAGCAGCAGAGGCACAUGUAUGAUCAGCUGGAGCAGGACUUCCUGCUCUGCCAGCAGGAGCUGCAGGAGCUCAAGACUGCGCAGCCCAUCCCAGAGGACAGGGGAGAAUGUGCUAAUAAGUGUGAUGCACUGCUGUCCCGACUGACAGCGUUGCAGGAAAAGUACAAGGCCAGCCAGAAGGAGAUGGGGCAGCUGCAGAUGGAGCAGUGCGAACUCCUGGAGGAUCAGAGGAGGUUGCAGGAGGAGCAGGGCCAGCUGCAAGAAGAGCUGCACAGGCUCACGUUCCCACUACCCAAAUCUGGUCUCCUCCGGAAGAGUCAGGAGCUACUCACCAAGUUACAAGACUUGUAUGAACUACAGCUGCUCUACCAAGGCAUGCAGGAGGAGCAGAAGCAACUGAUACAGAAUCAAGGAAAGGUUUUAAAAGAACAAUUAGAGCUGCACAAAGAGCUGCAUCUUUUCAAAGAAUCUUUUUUCCAGGAAGUGGAGAAUCCGGAAGGUUCCAAAUCGCUUAAGUCCUCAAAAUGUGUUGAAAACAAGCAGUCCAGGGCGAUCAUCGCCCAGAUGCAGGCCCUGCAGGACCUGUACCAGACCAGCCAGACUGAGCAGGAGCUACUGCGGCAGGAGCAGGAGCGGCUCCUAGAGGAGCGGAAAAGGCUGCAGGCUGACUUGCAGCUCUGCCUGGAAGAAAUGCAGUUGCUCCAAGCCCAGUCCCCUUCUAUAAAAAUGAGCCUUGAGUCCUACAAGAAGAGUUAUGGCAGCAGCAUUGACACCAGUGAGGGCUUUCACAAGAGUUACGGGAGCACCCAGGCCAGUGAUGAGAGCUUUCUCAAGAGCUAUGACAGUAGCACCAGUGCCACCGACACCUGCAUGAAGAGUUACCGCACCAGCAGCAGCAGCAGCGGCAGCAGCUCUGACACCUUUCAUAAGAGUUAUGUCACCAGCACUGACGACGAACCUGCUGAGCCCAAAGAUAUAGAGCACUUUGAUGACAUGGUGGCUGAGGUGCUGGUCAAGCUGCAGGGAGUGCAGGCCAUGUACCAGCUCAGCCAGGAGGAGCACAACCUGCUGCAAGAGCGGAUGAGGACGCACCUGGACCAGCAGAAGGAGCUGAAGGAAGAGCUGGAGGCCUGUGAGAAGGAGUUCAGGGAGUGCAUCGAGGGCCCUGAGAAGCCUGUUGCCUCCCAGAGUGACAAGAAUGAGAUCAAAGAGCUGCAGAUCAAGCUGCGGGAGCUGCAGCUGCAGUACCAGGCCAGCAUGGACGAGCAGGGCCGGCUCUUGGCGGUGCAGGAGCAGUUGGAGGGGCAGCUGCAGUGCUGCCAGGAAGAGCUUCGCCAGCUCAAAGAGCAGAGGCCCCCUGCUACCAAGGGCAAGAAUGCCAGUAAGAACAUGAACAAGAAUGCCAAUGGGGUUAAAAAUAAAAAGGUGACCAAGCCAAGCCUGGAGAGUUCUGAGAGCAUCUGUGAGUCCAGGCAGAGUCUGGAGGUAGUGCUGUACUACAAGGCCAGCCACACAGAUUCAGAGGGUCUUCCGAAAGAGGAAGUGGAGGAGGAAAAGAAGGAGGAAGCUGAAGAGGAACCAAAGGAGGAGUCCCGGGAGGAAGUAGUGUCUGAGCCCCCCCCAGCUCUCAUAGAAACGAAGCCCACAGAAGAGGAGGAGGAGGGGUCUGAAGAGUGCCAAGACCAGGAGGGUAAGGAAGAAGACAACCAAGAUGAGGAGGACAACGGCUCUUGCCCUGAAACUUCAGAGGAAAACCUCCUCAAAAUGUCUGAGAGCAAAAAGCCAUCCCCUGCCCCCAAUCCCCCCAUCUUCUCCUUGCCUCUCGUAGGCCUGGUGGUCAUAUCAGCUUUACUCUGGUGCUGGUGGGCUGAGACGUCGUCCUAACGCAGGCAAAACUGGGCUUUGGGUUUCAGCCCUGGCUUUCCCUUGGGCUACGGCAAAGCCCGUGACUUCUCGAAGAAUGUCAUCAUAACACGUAGGGAGUUAGUUGGAAUGCUCACUGUUGACGUAGUUUGAGUUUCUAUCUUCUGGCUGGAAAAAUGUGGAUGAUCCAGUGCUGUUGCUACUUUCAAAGCUGCCCAGCUACUUCUGACGAGCUGAUGUCUGUCUGCAAGGCUGGCCUGGGUGCUGUUUAGCCCCAGAGCCAAGCUCUCACUGUUGUAACUACCCAGGCGGACAAAAUAAGGACUCACUGCCUCCCCUGCUGGGUGAGACAGGAGGUCUGCACAGCUGUGACUCCCCAGGGUCGUGUGUGUGAGGAUAGCCUCGA